GCAGAAUGGAGCAAUCAAUGCCAUAACAGCAGCUGCAAAAAAACAAAUGAAGGUGGCAUCCACAUCUGAAAUGGGUUAAAGAACACUCUGUUAGUCCUGGAAAAGAAACACAAACUAGAUUGGCAAGUAUGAGCUAAGAGUAUUUUUUACCAUUCUGUUGCCUUCAUGCAUCUAGUCGGGCUUUGUCUCGGAUUCAGCUGGAAAGUACAAGUUACACAAAAGUACAUGAAAUCCGUUUCCAACAAGUGCUCUGGAGUAGAGCAGUGAGGAAUGGCUGCGGACAACUUUACAGAUGUCUGGGCAAAGCUCAAAGAUCUGCAUGAUCAAGAAGUGCGAGGACUGUACGCAAAGUUAACUGAAAUAAACAUGGAACGAUGUCUUGAUGCACAGAGAUUGGAAGAGUUGUUCAGCAAGAACCAUCAGCUGAGAGAACAACACAAGAUCAUGAAUGACAAUGUCAAGAUUUUGGAAAACAGGCUCCGGGCGGGUCUUUGUGAUCGAUGUACAGUCACACAAGAGAUGGCCAGGAAGAAGCAACAGGAAUUUGAAACAUCUCAAUUCCAAAACCUUCAGCACAUUUCUGUUCUCACUCAUGAAAUCAAUGGACUGAAAGAAGAAAACAAGUUACUUCAUCAGGAACUGAGAAAGCUCAAGUACCUCUUGCAGCAAAGUCAAAGUUCUCCGAAGGGGAACCGUUCCUUGUUGGACAACAGCAUACCUUUUGAUUCCUCCUUUAGCAACAAAAGGAGGCAAAGUUUGGAUACUGUCCUCAGUCCAAUGUCAGGGCAACAGAGACAUAAGCAAGACUUCAGGCUUCCUUCACAAGAAAACUUCAUAAGCCCAAAAAGAUCACCUUGUCACAAUCUGCAUGACCUUUCACUAUUUGAUUUGGGGUUCACUGGCCUUCCUUCAACUGCGGGUGGAGGAUCUGUCUGGGGAAAUCACUCUCAAAGAAUAUCCAACCAGCUACAUGGAACGAUAGCUGUCGUACAGUCCAGCUCCCCAACUCGCUGUGCAGCAGAAAAAGAUAUUGCUUCAUCAGAGCUUGAUGUGAAACUCCAAGAGCAGAGACAUUAUAAGGAGGAACAUAAUUUGUCCAAUGACUGCAGGGGAAAUGAGCACAGCAGGGAGAAAUCUGGCGUCAUCAUGGAAAAGCAUGCUGAAGAAGGAAAGGUGCAACCAAGCUUCUGUGCACAUACCGAGGAAAAUGACAAAGGAUUCGGAGAGAAACCUCUGGAUUUGUCAGAUUACAGUAAACAUAAGGAGGCAGCUUGGUCCACACACAGAAGUGAAUCAUCCAAUCACAAUGAGGCAAAGCAGGCAAGAUAUAAAGAACAAUCGGAGAGGAAAUGCUCUCAUGAUAGUUUAGCAAGUGAAAAUUUCCAGGACAAUAUGCACUCUUAUGAAACAGUUGCCAAGAUGGGGAGUGUUGAACCACCCAGUAGAGACAAAGAUAUGACACAAGAUCUGUUGAGUCCUAAAGAUGGAAUAAAAAUGAGUGAAAAUGAAGACAAAGUGUACAAGAAUUUGAAUAUUAAGGCACAGUAUGACAGCACUCCUAACUCCAGAGAGACAGACAGAAGUCCAAGAAUUAAAAUGAAACUAUGCACAAAGAGACCCAUAACCACGAAUGGUGGAAAUCCAAGUGUGGAAGUGCAUCUCCAGUUUUUGAACACCCAGCCAGAGUCACAUGAUCCUUCUGAAUAUGAGGCUGAUGACAUUCAAGAAGCACAUGAAAUCCAGGAGAUUAAACCUGAAAAUGAGAAACAUCAAUCUGAACGUGGAGCAGACCAGCCAAAAAAAAAGAAAAAAAAGAAGCUCCAGGACUACUGGACAUCUGCCGCAUACAAGAGAGGAAGACGACUUAGAAAAUGUAAGCCAGCCCAACCUGUGCAUGAACAUUCUUCACAAUACAGUCCAAGUAUUCCAGAAAACAAAGAUUCCAGUCUUCCGGAGUUGGUUCCAGAAGGGUAAGAAUUCAUUGAUCUUUAUCCUAAAUUAUGUACUCAUUGGUAAUUAUACUAAUUCUCAGAGUCAUUCAUAAAAUUUCAUAUUCCAUACCUGAGUGAUAGGUAUGA